AUGUGGAUUUGGGAUUGGUUGGUACAAGACGACACCUUAACAAAAAAACUCCGAGCUUUCUCGGUGAGGCAUAUGAAGAUUUCUGAGGAAGACAUGACUCGCACCAGAAAGUUAGUGAAAGACUAUAUUGAGGACCGGAUCAUGGCGUACUGUCGACAGAAUUCCGAGCUUCCGAUACUGAAUUUGCAGUAUACCGGCAGCGUGUACGAGAGACUGAAAACUGAAGCUGCCGAUGAAGUAGAUGUCAUGGUAGUACUGAAGACGUCGAAGCCUUGGUUUUGGGGCGAUCCUGAGGUAAUGAAGGAAGAAACAGGCUUCCCAGGCUACGUGCGACUCAAAGCAACCGUGGACUCGAAACUUCGCAGGUAUGUUAGUUCAGAGGGGUACAUAAUUCCCGGACGACUCCGCGAGCGCUGGUUCUUCAGUCUUGUUUCACGAGCAGUUACAGAUUUAACAGAAAAUUCGCCGGGGUCCAACCUCGACUUCGUUGUACGUCAACAUGGGCCUUCUGUUCAACUGGAUAUCUUCAGCGAAGAAACCGGGUGGAAGCUUUUGUCAGCGGAUCUCGUUCCUUGCUUUCAAAUUGGGACGGAUGAAUAUUUCGUGGCAAAGCGACACACUAGAGAUGAACGGCUUUGGAGGCGGUCAUUUUCACUGGAGGAAAAACAGCUGCUAAAGCGCAUGGAUAAAGAUGACCAUGGUUGCAGACACGAGCUCCUGAGGAUUGUGAAGACCAUCGUCAAUAAGGAGAGAACAUCUCUGGGACAACUGAGGUCAUACUACCUGAAGACAGCCUUCAUGCACUACAUCGAAGAGAAGCCUUCCAAUUGGAAUGGAAGGAAUUCUCUGGGGGAACACUUUGUCGGAUUCUUGGCUGCAUUGCAAGCUUUCCUGGAGAAAGGAAACCUGCCAAAUUACUGGCUUCCUGAAGUAAACCUCUUGGAUGAGAUCCCCAACCCGGUGGUUGUUGGGAAUAUGGCGUAUCGUCUGAAACGAAUCCUCAACAGCGAAAUAGAGCGAAACAAAAUACUUGAAUAG